UAGUUUCAGUGUUGAGCUUUGAAUUUGGGAGCUGAAUGAGAAACAGAACAGUCUUGAACACUAUGGCAUCUGGUGCAUUGGUCAGGCAGUUCCAGGGCCUGCAGAGACCAAUGUCCUGAGUUGCAAAGAUUUGACCUGGUGCGGGCUACUUAAAGCCAACUGAGGCCUCCCCGGGAUUCCAGACCAGGAAGCCAGGAGAGAACCCUACCUGGGGUGAAGACACUGGUCUGAUUAGCAAAGGAGGACUUGACCAGGGACCUGAGAGUCGCUGGAUUUUCUCCCGAGCUCCACCCGGGAAGAAUGCACUACAGAUAAAACCCAGCUAAAGCCCGCGCGGCGAAUCCUAGCGGGAGCCGACGAAAGGAGGAAGCGACUGAGGCGAGACAAGCAGGAAGCAAGCUGGUGGGGUGGAAGGGAGGUGGGCAGCUCUGGGGGCUGGCAGGGUCUGUCGGUGUGUCAGCUCAACACCAGCAGGGAUGGACAGCGCCUCUGGAUUCAGCCGGCACUGGGACACAGCGCUGCUGCUGCUGCAGGUGCCUAUACACCGGCUUGCCUCUCUCUGCUGCUAAAAGGGCGGCGCUCCCUAAUCUCUCGCUCCCCCUCCUCCCCUCUGAUUUAUUUAUUUUAUUGUUUUGGGUGGACGGAAAGUAACCCCCCUCCAUGCAACUGCAAACAGGGACGGUGGCGUCAUUCCGCUCCGGAGUUUGAGAUCUCACCAGCGACUUCAAUACGAUUUAAUUUUUUUUAACACAAAUAAGAGUGUAACUUUGAUUUAAAUCAUGGGCACUGAGAUCGGGGGCCAGGUGAGAGAUUUUCUGUAUUAAGCCAAAUAACCGCGGAGAUGUUCCCGAGUGGUUUGGAAAUACUUUGGACAGAGCUCUGAGGGGAGAUCCGAAGAGUACAAGCUCUGCAACGUUUCUGCAACUGAGAGCAGAUCGCCUAACGCUAGCAUAUUGGCAAACAAAUAUCACUUGCUGUGCCAUAGCACAUGGAUUUCAGGACCUCCUGUGAAGAGACAAAGACAGGGAUUUGUUUGCUGCAGGAUGGUAAUCAGGAGCCUUUCAAAGUGCGACUGCACUUAGCCAAAGAUAUUUUGAUGAUCCAGGAGCAGGAUGUGAUCUGUGUGUCUGGUGAGCCUUUCUAUUCUGGUGAAAGAACAGUAACAAUUAGAAGACAAACUGUAGGAGGAUUUGGAUUAAGUAUAAAGGGUGGAGCAGAACAUAAUAUUCCAGUGGUCAUUUCCAAAAUUUCCAAAGAACAAAGAGCUGAACUCUCAGGUUUGCUCUUUAUAGGAGACGCAAUUCUACAGAUUAAUGGAAUUAAUGUAAGAAAAUGCAGGCAUGAAGAAGUGGUUCAGGUUCUUCGGAAUGCAGGAGAAGAAGUGACCCUAACAGUGUCCUUUCUGAAAAGAGCACCUGCUUUUCUCAAAUUGCCUCUGAAUGAAGAUUGUGCGUGUGUCCCUAGUGACCAAAGCAGUGGCACAUCAUCUCCCCUCUGUGACAGUGGUUUGCAUCUCAACUACCAUCCCAACAAUACGCUGCGUAAUCUGGGAGCAGAAAAAAUUCCUUGUGACAGACCACAAAUCAUGAAUAUUCUAACUGAAUCAUUACUGCACAACAUAAAGGAUACGCUAUCAUGUUCCUCAUGGCCAACAUCACCAGGGCUUAGGUGGGAGAAGAGAUGGUGUGAUCUCCGAUUAAUCCCGCUCCUUCAUUCCCGUUUUUCCCAGUACCUCCCAGGAUCAGAUUUGUGCAGGCAAAAUGCAUUCCAAGUAAUUGCUGUGGAUGGAGUUUGCAGUGGAAUAAUUCAGUCUCUCUCUGCUGAAGACUGUAUGGACUGGCUACAAGCAAUAGCAACUAACAUUUCCAACCUCACAAAGCACAAUAUAAAAAAAAUCAACAGGAAUUUUCCCGUAAACCAGCAGAUAGUCUAUAUGGGCUGGACAGAAGAACGGGAACAAGACUCCCUUCAGGACCGAAUGUACACACCAAAGUUUCUAGCUCUGAGGGGUUCCUCUCUUUACAAGUUUAUAGCACCUCCAGUCACCACGUGGGAUUGGACACGAGCUGAAAAAACGUUUUCAGUUUAUGAGAUCAUGUACAAAAUUCUCAAGGACAGUGAUCUGUUGGAUCGUCGGAAACACUGCUUCGGUGUCCAAUCUGAAUCUGGAGAGGACCUCUACUUUUCUGUGGAGUUAGAGUGUGACCUAACCCUGUGGGAAAAAGCCUUCCAAACAGCAACUUUUUUAGAAGUUGAACGAAUUCAGUGCAAGACAUAUGCCUGUGUUUUGGAGAGUCAUCUUAUGGGGCUUACCAUUGACUUUGGCAUGGGCUUUGUAUGUUUUGAUGCUGCCACAAAGGCUGUGCUUUGGAGGUACAAGUUUUCCCAGCUUAAAGGGUCUUCAGAUGAUGGCAAGAGCAAAAUCAAAUUUUUGUUUCAAAAUCCAGAUACUAAGCAGAUUGAAGCAAAGGAGUUGGAAUUUUCCAAUCUAUUUGCAGUCCUUCACUGCAUCCACUCAUUCUUCGCGGCCAAAGUGGCUUGUUUGGACCCAUUGUAUGUAGGCAGUCAAGCCGCCACAUCUGCUGUUGCCACAACUUCUGACCUUUGGGGAACUGCGAACAUGGAAACCAAUCCAAGAGGCAAGCCAUGCUGCAGUUUCAGCAGAAAAAUGGUCACAUGGGAUCAUACAUUCAUCUCUGUUCUGCAACUCCAGUAAAUAAUCCUAGCUGAAACCCUGGAAUAGGAUGGAUAUGCUUUUAGUAUGAUCUAUUUGUACUUAUAUAGUGCUUUAAACAACACUGGAAGCAAAAGGAAAAAAAUGACACAGUGAAGCACUUAAGUAUUUAAUAAAAUUUUCAGCUGUCUGUAAUAAUACACAACUAGAAUUGUCAUUUACUUGUUUUCAGAUGUUUUUAUAUGACAACAUACAAAGCUCUGAGUAUAACGUAGGGCAAUAUCAUAGUAGUAUAAAUGAUACAACAGCAAGCAAGAGGCAUAUCGUUUAUGACAACAAGGAGAUAAGCAUGAAAGGGCAUUUGUGUAUCUCCUCAAAGAAGAAAGCACUUUAAACACUCUUGUAAAUUCAUACUGUUUUCCUAUAUGGAAACAUGCUAUUGUUGUUUAUUUUGUUGUCAUUCUGUUCUAAUAGUAAUGAUAAAGUUAUAGCCAUAUUGGUCUAGCACAUAAAGACAAAUAUAGUGGAGAAACUUUUACAGACACAGGAGCCUCUUCAAGUCAGAAUAGGUGGGAUAUGAAUUUGAUUUCAAUUAUAAAUUAAGUACAAGUUAGUGACAAGUUGCUUUGUUCAUUCUCCUGUUUUAAAGGGAAGGAGGUCAUGUAAUUGAACAGUAUUUGUACACAAAACCUGAGUUUUGAAUUUUGUUUCAGAUGUACAUCUAGCACAUUGUUUCAGUAUGUAAUGUUGAUUUCAUAUCACAAGCAAGGAGGCAAGAACUCUGUUCCACUCAGGCUCUUAAUAAAACAGGCACUAGCAGGAACACUAGAAAAAUGAUUCCAUACCUUGAAUUCUUCUUACCAAUUAAAUGAUAUUAUUCCUUUUUAUUUAUGUACUUAUUUAGUUUAAGAUGGGAACAAAUUAAAUAAACUGCAAAGCUAGAAUAAGUGACAUAAUACACAAUAGCUUUCUGUAUUUAAAAUAUGACGUAAUCCUGGACUACAUAUUGUACAUAUUAUUCUAAGAGCCUCAUUUCAUGAUGAAUGUAAAGCUCAAGGAGUAAAUUUGGAACAACUCUCCAUGCAUCCAAAGAUACAUUACUUGAAUACCAUUUUUGCAAAUGACUUUAAUUUUGAACUAGCAGAUAUAUCUCUGAACAUGGUCAAAUUUGGGGAAUAUUAUUGUGAUGUAGCUGAAACCUAGUAAAUUGCGGGUUUUUUUAAAACAUGACCACAUAACUCAAAAUAAUCAAAUAUUUAUACACCUACAGUAACACACAUGAAUUUUAUAAAAAAAUAGCCUGCUGCAGCUGUAGCAUGUGCGUAUUAUUUUAAAUACUAAUCAUUAUUCUGUUGUUUCUUGUUAAAAAUAAAAAAAUUAAAUACUUUAAUAUGAAUAUAAAGUAACAAUUCUACAGUUAGGUCCCAGCCCUUCAAUUUAAAAUGUAUGGGCAGACCCCUUGCACAUAUGCUGGGAUCCAUCCAUGUGUCAGAAAUUGCAGGAUCAGGGUCUAAAUCCUCCAUGCGUGCUACCAGCUACAAACGUACAUAUCACGUGAGGGUUAUGGACAUGUUUUUUAUAGAUCUGCCUUAUGUGCCAGACAGGUUAAAUCUAUCAAUGUUCCAGGUAAUGUAUAAUUAUUUUAUAUUCAAACAUAAAUUUAGAGGAACUUUUUUUUUUUUCAGAAGGGGCACAAUUCAAAAUGAAUUUUUUGGGACAUAUCUGGUUGCUUGUUUUUCUCUCUCUCUCUGCGUGAUUUUUAUCACCAGCACUUGGCUUUACCCACAUAAGAGGGAACCCACCUUUUUGAAAGUCUGCACAUGAGACUCACAGUAGCUGCCUGACUCCCAGGAACAUUAAGUGGAGUUACAGUGAUUGCCCCAUUAAAAAAAUUGCCAGCACAUUUUACAUAGUUAGCAUGGUUAUUUCUCAUACUAACUACUGUACUGUUGUAUCUCAGCUACUUGUGUAGUAACUGUUGGCAAACUGAUUUUUAAUAAUUUAAUUUAUUAUUAAUAAUAAACUGUUGUAUGUGUAUAAACUCAAUACGUUGAAGGACAAAUUCUGUCCUCGUUGAAACCUAUGAACAAUUCUCAUGGACUUCAGUGGGGCCCAGGAUUUGGCCCUUAGAUAACAUGAACUCCAGAUGUUUUGAAUCUGGAACUGUCACCAUCUCAGGGGUUAAGCAUAGUAAUUGGGCCUCUUUU